AUGACUUCCGAUAGUCGAACAUCGACGAGAAAAGCCGUCAUUCUGUUAAUAGUAUUUUUGCCUGUGAUGGUAUUUCUAGUUUUUGCUUAUGGAGGGUAUAGACACUCGGUACGUGUCAAGGUGUUCAUGGAUGGCUCUGGGAUUACCAACUCGUCAGUCGUACGACAGGGACUACCGGAAAGCAGCAUACGAUUUCCUAAACCUCUCAAAAUACACAGUCUGCCAUUAAGUAAUUUCUCCGAAGGUCUCGCUCCAGCGUCUAAAAUCGAAGAAUUUCCUUCUGUGACAGUUUCUCCUCACUGUAUCGAGCUUCUUGCUGCCCCUGUCAAUAUCGUCCCCACCAGUAGAGAUGACAAGAUGGAUAUUGCCACUAUGGACACAACUCCGAUUACGUUGCCCAAACUGACAGAGAAAGUUAGAAUUCUUUGUUGGCUUGCCACAAACCCCAACUAUGCCGUGAAAAGACUGCCCCAUGUUAUAAAUACUUGGGGUUCAAGAUGUGAUAAAAUGGUUUAUUUCAGUUCUUUCGAAGAUAAUGACGUUCCUAUAGUGAAACUAGACAUUCCGGAAGGACCGUCUUUUCUUUGGGGAAAGACCAAGGCUGCUUUCGCUUACAUAUAUAAGAACUAUUUCAAUGACUACGACUGGUUUUUAAAAGCGGACGACGACUCGUUUAUUAUCAUUGAAAACCUACGAUAUUUUCUUCAACAGUACGACACGUCGCAACCACUUUAUUUCGGCCACAAACUGGUGAACCACCGAGUCAACCAAACUUUUAACAGUGGUGGCGCUGGUUACGUUCUUAGUAAGUCAGCUUUGCGACGAUUCGUCGAAUGUGGAAUUCCGAAUCCCAGUAAAUGCAGCCCCAUCAACGUUGGAAAGGAGGAUUUAGAAAUGGCGAAAUGUCUUGAAAAACUUGGCGUUGUUAUGGGUGACACGAGAGACCCUCUGGGAAGACAGAGGUUUAUACCAUUUAUCACGAGACUUACCUAUCAGGUCACGUGGACUCGUGGUAUUAUGGUUCCGUGGUUCAUCCCUAUAAUAAGGUACAGUACAUUUAUUACAGGUUUGCUUUAUGCAGACAAGGGGGAAGAAUGCUGUUCCGAUUACGUCAUCAGUUUCCACUAUCUCAAACCAGAUCAGAUGGAAGUACUGGACUAUCUCAUCUACCACGUGCGUCUCUACCUCGUGACUGGUGAUGGUACCUUUACGUGA